AUGGCUAUAGAUGUCUGCUCAGAGAUUUCAAGCGCAGGAGUUAGUCCAAGAAUCUCCUUCUCCCAUGAUCUCAACCAAGCAACAGACACUGUUUCCAUUAAAGAUCAUCAACAUUGCAGAUUAGACUCAUCUCUGUUGGAUUCUGAUUUCGAUUUCUGCUUUGGCAACAGCUUUGUUCAAGACUUGUCUUCUGCUGAUGAGCUCUUCUCUAAUGGCAAGAUCCUGCCUGUUGAAAUCAAGAAACAUUUGAUGAUUUCCUCUAAAGAUAAUGAUCAGCCAAAGUCUUUGACCUCUCAACCUCAACAUCAGGCCAUUACGGAGACUACAGAGAAGAAGCAACUGAAAGAAUUCUUGUCAAUGAGUCUUGAUGCCGAUGAAAAACCUGCAUCGAAAUCUUUUUGGCAGUUCAAGAGAAGCAAUAGUCUGAAUUGUGAUAGCACCAGAAGCAAAGGCCUAAUUCGAUCGCUACACUUUCUUUCAAGAAGUAACUCUACUGGGUCGGCUCCAAAUCCUCCAAAACAAGCAAUGUUAUCCAAGGAGACUCAAAAGCCUAAAUUGCAGAAACAAGCUUCUGUUCCAAGUCGAAAAUCAGCGGCACCUAGUUCCGCUGCAUUUUAUUCUUACAAUUCACAGCAGAAGCCUCCUCUAUUAAGGAAGUGUGGUUCUUAUGGGAAUGGAGUCAGAAUUAGUCCUAUCCUGAAUAUACCACCACCUUACAUUUCCAGAGGAACUGUCAAUCUUUUUGGCUUUGGUUCACUGUUUUGUAACGGUAAGGUUAAAAAGAAGAAGAGGUAA